AUGGGUGUAAUGCACUACAUAGCAAAAUCUCGUUCUGAUACAAGUGUUCGUUACAGAAAUAGGAGUUGGAGCUUUGGGGGACACUCGCGUCCUCUGAAAAGAACUAAGACGUCAGAUGUCGCACAGGCGGCCGUCGUCAGUAGUUUCUCAGAGGAGGACGCGGAACGUCCUUUCGCUCCUUCUGCUUUACGGGCUUCGCCUUUUUAUGUGGACUACUCUCCACCACAAAAGAGAGCAAAGACGCAAGUUGUCGCACAGGCGGCCAGCGUUUUUGGUCUCAAGGAGGAGGACGCUUCACGUCCUUUCUCUUCUGCUGCUUUGCGGUCUUCACCAGAGAGUUUUGCUGCAUUGACGCCACAAAAGAGAACCAGGACGUCAUCCGACGAUGACGCCUUUGAGCGCCCCAGUCACUCCAAGAAGAGAACUGAGUCGGUCCAUGUGAGAAGGAAUAGGGCUUCCCCUCGCCCCUCGCCUUCUCACAGGAUCAGCUUUUCACCUGAAAAGGAAUCAUCUCCAACAAAAAGAGUCAUCCGUUUGAUGCAACAACAACUUGCUUCGUUGCUGGCUGAGAGAGAGGUAGAACCGCGUCGUAGAAGAAAAGAUGAUAAAUUGCCGAUCAAAAGAUCUAAGCGGUCUCCCGCUUCUUCGGAUCGCUCUUCUCUUUCACCAGUUUCUACGCCCUCUAGAUUUCAUGCAUCUCACCUGCAGUUGGGUAAAGAGAGCGAGGAACUUCCUCCGAAAGAUUCGUAUACCGUGAGAAAGAAAACUCGCCCUACUCUUCGAUGCGUUCCCCUCUCUUCUCAUAGGGGCUCGCUUUAUCCGAAAAUUGACGUUCUUUCUGCUGCGAAACAAGGCGGUUUGCAAGCUGAGAAACAGGAUAUGGACGCUUAUAUGGACGCCAAGCGUGGCGCUCAGCUGAGCUGGCGCUCAGAGAGCGCUAGCGUGACGCUUGGACGUCAAGCUGACUCAGCUGGAACUAGGCGUGACGCUCGGCUGGACGUCAAGCGUGACGCUCGGCUGGACGCCAGGUGUGGCGCUCGGAUGGACGCCGAGUGUGACAAGUUUACGAACACUCGUACAGAUGUUAUGAAUGACGCUUUGUUGGACACUCAUCAGGACUCACAACGUGAUAUUUGUCUGGACGCUCGCCGACACUCUAACAUUCGUAGAGACUCCCAUCGAGAGAUUGUUCAGGAAACAAGCACUUCUAUUCCUGAACCUAUGGAUACUAAUGUACAGAACGCACCUGGUACGUCACAGCAGCGCUCUUCAUCAAAGAUUGGACCGAAGGGACUUAAACCACCUUCUUCGGGAGGCCCCUCUGCCGCUCCUACAGAAGAAGGAGGAUUGAGUAGUAUUUCAGAAGAAAACAGACGAGGAUCAACCUUCUACGUCAGCUUCUUCUGA